UCGGGGGCUUCGAUUGCAGGGAGUUUCACUAGCAUUUAUUGUCCUUGAAAUGUUGUCUUUCUUCAUCUCAAGCCGCCGCGAUAGACACUUUUGUUUCCAGGGGAGCAAAAUAAACCUGCGUGGUAUCCUCUAUCCAGGUGUUGCUGCUGCUUGACAGAUGAGGGCCAAGGGUAUGUGUGACGACUACAUGAAGCAGGAACCUUCAGAAGAGACGUCUAGACCUUACGGUCAUUCAUUACGUCGUUCGUCUCGCUUAAGCGCCCUUCACCAACGUCAGCAAGGCUACAGUGUAGGCCAUAACACUUUGUCCACCAUGGAGGAGGUUGAGGACAGCUUGUCCAGUAUCAAAGAGGAAGUGGCUUUUGAUUCCUUGUCCAGUAUAAAAGAGGAGGUUGUUCAUGACUUCUUGUCCAGUACAAAAGAGGAGGUGGCUUAUGAACACUUGCCCAGUAUAAAAGAUGAACAUUCAGAAGGGAAAUGUAGACCUUAUAAGACACGUUCUUCAUCUCGCUUAAGCUCCAUUCACCAACAUCAGCAAGGCCAUGGUGCCUGUCAUCAUGACAGUUUCUCUCCCAUGGAAGGAGUUUUGCCAGUCAUAAAAGAAGAACCCGACAAAGAGAUGUUCAGGUCUUCCUCGGACAGAAGGACGCGGUCAUCCACAGCAAAAUCGAGCAGUGACGAGCAUAACAAAGCCACCCAUGUGAGCGGUGGAGAGGCCUUGCGAAAUGUGAAGGAGGAACCUGCAGAGGAGGACAAAUAUAGCCCUUGCUCUGGCAGAAGAAAUGUGUCUGCUGCGAUAUCCACAGAAGAACAUCUGGACAUCAAGGGUGUCAGUGAUGGCUCAGUGGCACCUAUCAAGGAGGAACCUGUGGAGGAUCUGCACAGAUCUUACGCUUACAGCAAAAGAAAAAGAUCUGACACAGAACAUGGAUCACCUGAGAAACAUACGGAUGCAAAACACCGUGGAUUGCUGGCAACGAUCGCACCCUGCACUGGCAAAAGAAAGACAAUGGAGGCAAAUUCACCUGUUGAAGGAAACCAUACAGGAGUGGCUGUACGACCCAACAAAUCGUUGUCCAACACCUGCUCAGACUGCGGAGAACGCUUCUCGUCUUGGGUGCUGCUUGCCUAUCACCAGAGGCGGUACUGCUGCGUGCAGUGCGGAAGGAUAUGUGCCAGCAGAGUCUCGUUGGAGAGCCACCUGAUGAUACACACAGGAGAAAAGCCCUUUAAGUGUUCAGAGUGUGGCACACAUUUCAGACACAAAACCAACCUCAACGUCCACAUGAAAACCCACUCCGACGACAAGCCUUUCGCGUGUGAGACGUGCGGCAAAAGCUUCCGCACCAAGGACGGCCGCAGCAGUCACCAGAAAAUGCACGGCGGGGAAAAACUUUAUGGCUGUGCACUAUGUGGAAGCACGUUCUUAAGGCUCAAUGAGUUGAAAACCCACAAGAGGCUUCACUCAGGGGAGAGGCCUUAUGUUUGUACCGAGUGUGGCAAGUGCUUUGCUCAGAAACCUCACCUGAACACUCACAUGAAAUUUCACACAGGAGACAAGCCGUAUCAUUGUGAUCAGUGUGGAAAAGAUUUCACUCAGUCCAGCCAUCUGAAGGUCCAUAUUCUGAGUCAUACUGGAGAAAAGCCCCAUAAGUGUCUAGAAUGUGGGAAGACCUUCAGGCUGGCGAACAGUCUGAAAGUGCACCAGAGGGUUCAUUCUGGAGAAAAACCAUAUCCAUGCCCCGAAUGUGGCAAAUGCUUCUCCCAGUCGAGCGAGAUGACUGGUCACUUCAAGCGUUGGCACACUGAACCAAAGGCCGAAUGUGCAUGAUUGUCCUGAAGGUCAAAUAAACACCAGGUGUGUGUGUGUGUGUGUGUGUGUGUGUGUGUGUGUGUGUGUGUGUGUGUGUGUGUGUGUGUGUGUGUGUGUGUGUGUGUGUGUGUGUGUGUGUGCGUGUGUGUGUGUGUGUGUGUGUGUGAUGGGGAAAUUGGCACUUGGAUGUGCAUGUAUGAGGGCUAAUAUAUUAACCUUCAGUAUUACAUGUGUGUAAUGGCAAAGCUUCAGAGUUGUUUUGUUUAUGUUUGGUUUGUUUAUGUGUGAAAAGGUUCAGCAUGACACCACUGUUUAUGCUAUAUGUGUGUGAGUGAGAGACCGUGUGUGAAGAUGGGCUAGCUUCAGACUUGUGGGUGAAAAGCUUUGGUUGUGUGUUGACUAUUUACACACCUGAUGUAAAUUACAAUGUUCACUAUUUACACCUGGGUGCAAAUAGCAUCUGCCUUAUUUUUAUUUAUUUAUUUUGUGUGUUUCAGCAUCACCCUGAACUUAAGGGCUGUGCUCAAGAUGAAAUGCUUGAAUUUGUAAUAGUUGACUUUUUCUGUUACAUUAUAUGCAGCAUUUUCUUUAUCCAUCAGGCUGUGAAUGAAUAUGUCAAUGAAAUAAAUGACUGAGUGAGUGUGACCCUUUUUUGUAUUGUUGAGUUCGAUAGAUUGACCGCCUAUUGUACAUCUGUUCUUGAAUUCAUGAGUUUUAGUCUUGAUGUCCUGUUUUACAUCAUAUGUAGGCUUUGUGGUGUUUCCUUUGUUCUUCAGUCUGUUCAUGAAUGAAUGACGUGUUCGGUUGCAUUAAAUCAGAUGUAAAAUGUA